AUUGUCGGAUCCCUGAAAAUUCUCACCCAAAGAACACACCAAACCACCGGCCUUACAGCCAAGUGGGCCCCACUCAUUUGAAAUAAAGGGUAGUCCUUUUUCACCCUAGGGUCCCUGUACCAACUCUCUCUGGUUACAAUGGAGGAGAUCCAGAAGAAAAUGGAGGGACAAGUUCAGCUGUGGAAGCACAUCAAAGGGUUCAUCGACUCGGCCGCGCUCAGGUGCGCGGUCCAGAUCGGCCUUGCCGACAUAAUUCACAAGCAUGGCGAGCCUGUCACCAUCGAUCAGAUUGCGGCCGCCCUCUCAAUACCGUCGCUCAACAAGGACAGCUUGUACCGUAUCCUCCGCUACUUAGUCCACCUCAACCUGUUCUACUGCAUCGACGACGACGACGACGGAGAGAUGAAGUAUGCACUCACACCGGCUUCGGAGCUCCUGGUGAGGGGCCAAGAUAAGAGCCUCGCUUCGUUUGUUUCCUUUAUACUCCGUCCGGAUUCGGUGCAGAUGAUGCAAUACAUGAAGGCGAGCUUGGAAGGGUCCGACACGCCUUUGCAACGGUUUCUCGGGACGGAGCACGAGAAGGAGAAGUUCAAGUGGGCCGAGGAGAGCCCUGAGAGCAACGAGGAGUACAUGGAAGUCAUGCGGGGCAACACGAGUAUAGUGAUAGGUGAGAUCGUGAGCAGGUUCAGGGAAUCCGGCGCAUUUGAUGAGGCGGGGACGCUUGUUGAUGUAGGGGGAAACACAGGCCAGGUGGCAGAGGCUAUUGCAAGUGCCUUCCCACACUUGAAGUGUAGUGUUCUUGAGCUACCUCAUGUUGUAGAAGCGGUUGCUGUGCCGCCGGCCAUGAUUAGCUUUGUGAAAGGGGACAUGUUUGAGUCAGUACCUAAAGCCGACGUCGUGUUUAUGAAGUCUGUCCUACAUGACUGGAAUGAUGAGGAUUGUAUCAGGAUUCUAAAGAAAUGCAAGGAGGCAAUACCAUCAGAGGGUGGGAAGGUGAUCUUGGUGGACAUUGUUUUGGACACAAAUUCAACAGAUGGAUUAGCUGGUGCAAGGCUUGGUAUGGAGAUGCUGAUGUUAGCUGUUGGUGGGAAGGAGAGAACUAUGGAUGAAUGGAAGAAGAUCAUAAAAAAUGCUGGAUUUAGUCACUAUAAGAUUAUACCCAUGAAGGCCAUGGAAUCCAUCAUUGAACUUUGUCCUUAGUUUGAUUUCUUUCCCUGUAAUAAUAAAAGUAAGAAAAGCCCUUCUUACACCGAUGCAGGAAUUUGAUCAUGCCAUGAUAAUCUUGUUUCUAUAGAAAAUGCCUUGUGACCUUAUAUUA